AGUGCAGAACUGUUAAAACUUCAGUCACACAGCUGCUAUAAAUAGGUGGCGUUUUAUUGGAAAUCAGUAAUUAUCGUCCCUUCUUUUUCCACAUUGAUUGACUAAAACAAAUCGCGAUUAAUUGCAACGCUCCGCUAUUAUGACUUUCAUUCAUUCCGCAAAUAUUCAAAUGCAAAUCAGCCUGUGAAUCAUCCAGACUGAGCUGCACCAUAAAUACACACGCUGACCGUCCAGUUCUCCUCGCAGGGCCCCGCGGAGGUGAUCCUGCUGCAGCGCGGGGUGGGGGAGACCAGGAGAAAAGAAAAGUUCUGAUUCCUCUGGAGGACAAGAGAUUUGACUCGUAUGAUGUCUGUGGUGGGCUCUCAGCCUUUCAUCAAGCCAAUGCAGACUUCACCUUCAGUUUCGCCCGGUAUCCAGCGCAGACACACGCUCCCAGCAAGCGAGGUGCGGCCGCUUAACACGCAGGAUGCGAUCAGCGUGUUUGAAAUCGAGAGGGAGGCUUUUAUCUCAGUGUCAGGGGAGUGCCCCCUUCACCUGGAUGAAGUGCGUCAUUUCCUCACGUUGUGUCCGGAGUUCUCCAUGGGCUGGUUCGAAGAGGGCCGGCUGGUGGCGUUCAUCAUCGGGUCUCUGUGGGACCAGGACAGGCUCACCUCAGAUGCGCUGACCCUGCACAAGCCCCGCGGCUCCACCGUCCACAUCCACGUCCUGGCGGUCCACCGCACCUUCAGGCAGCAGGGAAAAGGUCCCAUUUUGAUGUGGCGCUAUCUGCAGUACCUGCGCUGCCUGCCCAACGUGCGUCGAGCUGCGCUGAUGUGCGAGGACUUCCUCAUCCCCUUCUACCGCAAGUCAGGCUUCAAGGUUCUGGGCCGCUGUGCCAUCACUGUGGCCAACCUCACCUUCACUGAGAUUUGGUACCCGAUCAGCGGCCAUGCAUACAUGCGCCGCAACAGCGAGGCGAUCCGCUUCCCCCAGCAUCCCCUGACUCUGCCGCUCACAAAGACUGAUGAGCAAGUCGAUGUAUGACUUUGUUCUCUUUUCUUGUUUCUUUUAUUUAUUUAUUUUUUUACUGAAAUCAGGCACUUGCACACAGAGCCGUUUCAAGAUUGUAUGAGGCCCUGAGCCGAAUUUUAUUUGGGGGCCGACUCCUUCUCUAGUAAAAAUGUGUAACAAAGUUAAAUUACGAUAGAUUAUGUUAAUCCCUGAGAAAAAUCAAUACUUUUCCUUUCAGUGUAGCUCUGUACAUUACAUUAAAGGAAAUCACGGUGAGAUUUCUGUUUAUCCUCUGAAUUAUAAUUUUUUUUUUAAAUCCUACCUUCCGGCAAGGAAAGGAUUUUAUCACCUAAUUCAAAAUGUUAACACACACCUUUAACCUAAGAGGGAAUAGUUGGAAAGAGUGAUGCAUUGCCAGCACCAGACAGCA